AUGGAGGACUUCCAGAAGAUCGAAAAGAUCGGCGAGGGUACGUACGGUGUCGUGUACAAAGGACGCAACAAGAUCACCGGACAGAUUGUGGCCAUGAAAAAGAUUCGACUGGAGACAGAGGACGAAGGCAUCCCUUCGACGGCCAUCAGGGAAAUAUCGCUGCUGAAAGAGCUGAAGCACCCAAACGUGGUCUCGCUGCACGAUGUGCUGAUGGAGGAGAACCGGCUCUAUCUGAUCUUCGAGUUUCUAUCGAUGGACCUGAAGAAGUACAUGGACAGUCUGCCGGCGGAGAAGAUGAUCGAUUCGGAGCUAGUUCGAAGCUACAUGUACCAGAUCACGUCCGCGAUGCUGUUCUGUCACAAACGGCGUGUCCUGCAUCGUGAUUUAAAGCCCCAGAAUCUGUUGAUCAACAAGGAUGGCUUGAUAAAGGUGGCCGAUUUUGGGUUGGGGCGAUCGUUCGGCAUUCCGGUACGUAACUACACCCACGAAAUCGUGACUCUUUGGUAUCGGGCACCGGAAGUGUUGCUUGGUUCGCCGCGUUAUUCCUGCCCGGUGGAUGUGUGGUCUAUUGGGUGUAUUUUUGCCGAAAUGGCAACCCGGAAACCGCUGUUUCAGGGUGACUCAGAGAUCGAUCAGUUGUUUCGUAUGUUCCGUAUCCUGCGCACACCCACCGAUGACAUUUGGCCCGGUGUAACGUCGCUGACCGAUUACAAACCCACGUUCCCGUGCUGGACGCAGAACAAUCUCGCGAAUCAGGUGUCAAACAUGGACUCGGCUGGUAUCGAUCUGCUGCAGAAGUGCCUCAUCUAUGAUCCCGUUCUGCGCAUAUCGGCUAAGAAAAUCCUGCAACACAAAUACUUUGACGGCUUCGAGCGGUGCAUUAUUCCGACCGAGUAACAGAAGGUGUAUUUGCCUUGCUAAUGCUUUACUUCCUUUUCCAUCCUUGUGUCCCUUCGUGUCCCAUGCAAUACAAUGCUGUGUGAACUUUAGUCUGUUGUGUGUAUGAUAACCAACCCUCUCUUCUCGUCUCCCGGUGCGUCUCCUGUCUCGAUCGCUUCUACUUGACCUACGUAUCCUUCGUGUGUUUCGGAUUUCUCUGCGUCCUUGCGUGUUUUUUUGUCCCUCCGAAUGGGUGUACAUAUUCGUUUCGCGAAACGACCUUCCGGGAGUAGCUUGCACACGACUCAACAGCUACACCUGCACAUACACAGCAACACAUAUACACAUCGCCAUCCGUCGUUUGGAUGCCUUUCACUCUCUUGUCUUAGAUGUACGUUCGCUAUUAAACCCCUUACUCUA